CUGUUUUCAUAUUAUGUGUAUUGUGAAAAGUGCUGUAUAAAUAAGUUUGACUUGACAUGGUAAGGAGAAACGUUUAAUGAAAGUAGAUUCAGGUGUAGAUUAGGAUAUUGUUUAGAUUAAACAGAAUCUUAUUUAAAGACUUCUAUUUUAAGAAGCUUUAACUGGACAUGUUGUCAAAGUCACCAUGGUUUAACCUUGUGUCGUCAUGGUUUAGUUGAGGUUGGGUUGUACUGUGACUGUUUCCAGUUAAUCAUCAAUAUUGAUGGGUAUGUCUGUCUGUUCUUUGGAACAAACACACCCUUGAGCCGUGUGUGUGUGUGUGUGUGUGUGUGUGUGUGUGAGUUUGUCGGGCCGGUUGUUUAUAUGUGUUUUAAAGAUACACAGGGAUAUACAGACCCUGGUGUCAUGUUUAAGGACAUUGGCUUGCAUAGAUCUGUGAGUUGACAUGGAUUCAGUCUUCAUAUGUCUUUAUUAUUCUUAAAAAUAAAAAAUGGUGCUUUCGCCCUUGUGAGCUGUGGAAAUGACAGGCCCAUCCUUCAUACACACUCUUCUGCCAUAUGCGGUAGACCCUCAGUUUGAUGCAGUGACAUAAUGAGUCGUACCAAAUAAUGAGGCGUUCACAGAGCUCAGGAAUGGAGGAGACGGUUUGGGAGCAGUACACUGUGACUCUACAGCGGGACUCUAAGAUGGGCUUUGGAAUUGCUGUGUCCGGGGGCCGGGACAAUCCAAACGUGGAGACCGGAGAGACGUCCAUCAUUGUGUCAGACGUGCUGCCAGGAGGACCGGCCGAUGGACUGCUCUUUGAGAAUGACCGUGUGAUGCAGGUCAACACCAUCGCCAUGGAUAAUGUGCCUCAUUCAUUUGCUGUGCAGUCACUUCGAAAAAGUGGGAAAGUGGCCAAAGUGACUGUAAAGAGGCCUCGCAAGGUGGCUGUCCUCAAGCGCCCACCGUCCCCGAGCGGGGAUAGCCGCGAUUACAACAUAUCCAGCUAUUAUCCCGAGGACAACCGCAGCGUUCACAGUGACCCAGAAUCUGAUUACCCUCGGGGAAAUGGCGGCCUGGGCUACCCCCGCGACAGAGAGCAUGACCGCAGUCUCGAAAAGAGCCGGAUAGACUACCUGGAGCCGGAUUACCGCAGCCAGGACAACGACUCCCGGCGGGAAAGGAGCAGAGGCAGGAGCGCGGAGAGGUCGCCCAGCUCUGACAGCGGCUACCGCAGGGACGGCAGCCGGGGCCGGACGCUGGAGCACGGAUCCAGCCCGGAGCCUCGCUAUCACAGGCAGCACAGUAGAGGCCGCGGAGGAGGAGGAAGCCCUGCCGGAAGCUACGGGAGGGACCAGGGCUACGACACGCGGAGGUAUGACACUCGUUCGGAUGACAGGAUGAUCAGGAGUCACAGCAGGGACCGGCUGCAGGAUCGCUCACCGUCACCCAGCAAAGAGAAAGACAGAGGAAGAGAGCGGUACAACUAUGAGCCCCUGGAGCCGCCCAUCAAUGUCAUGCUGGUGAAAAACAGGCCCAAUGAAGAGUACGGCCUCCGGCUGGGCAGCCAGAUCUUCAUCAAAGAGAUGACCAGCACUGGAUUGGCUGCCAGAGAUGGAAAUCUCCAGGAGGGCGACAUAAUUCUUAAGAUCAACGGGACGGUGACUGAGAACCUCUCUCUGAGUGACGCCGGCAAGCUGAUUGAGAAAUCACGGGGCAAGCUGCAACUGGUGGUCCAGAGAGACCACCGACAGAUCCUGGUGCGCAUUCCUGCCCUGGCAGACAGCGACUCUGAGCCUGACGAUAUUUCGGAGAUUGAGUCGUACCAUUCCUACUCACCUCAAGAUGACCAAAGGUCACGCCAGUCUGACCUCUCCUCACACUCUUCCAAUGAUGUAGCACGAGAGAACGCCAGGGAGGAUCCUCAAAGUAGAUUGGCAAAGACCGCUGUUUCAUCCUCUCCUUACAAAACUCCAGAGGAGCCACUUCCAGCCCAGGAGGAGAAAGUAGAACCACAGGAAGAAGAACCACCACCAGUAAUAAAGACAACACCCAAGAUCCUGCUCAGACCGAGCCUAGAGGACGAGGCCAUUUAUGGGCCCAACACAGUGAUGGUGAGCUUUCAGAAAGGAGAGAGUGUUGGCUUGAGGUUGGCUGGAGGAAAUGAUGUGGGAAUAUUCAUAGCAGGAGUUCAGGAGGGCAGUCCGGCUGAAGAAGAAGGUCUCCGUGUGGGGGAUCAGAUUAUGAAGGUGAAUAACGUUGACUUUCGGGGCAUUGUGCGAGAGGAGGCCGUGCUGUUCCUGCUGGAGAUCCCACGGGGUGAGGUCGUGACCAUUUUGGCACAGAAUAAAACUGAGGUUUAUGAAGACAUCUUGGUGUCCGGUCGAGGGGACUCAUUUUUCAUCCGGACUCAUUUUGAGUAUGAGAAGGAGCUGCCUCACUGUCUCGCCUUCUCCCGGGGAGAGAUCUUCAAGGUGGUGGACACCUUAUACGACGGUAAGCUGGGAAACUGGCUGACCAUCCGCAUGGGCAAAGACAACCAGCUGCUGGAGAAGGGCAUCAUUCCCAACAAGAGCAGAGCCGAGCAGAUGGCAAAUGUCCAGAACACACAUAAGGGCUCAGGAAGUGACCGGGCCGACUUCUGGAGGCUGCGUGGUCAGAGGGCGGCCAAGAAGAAAGAUGUGCGGAAGAGCCGAGAGGAAAGUUCUGCGGCCGUCUUCACCCGCUUCCCUGCCUAUGAGAGGGUGGUGCUGAGAGAAGCGGGAUUCCGAAGGCCGGUUGUGCUGUUUGGACCAAUCGCUGAUGCUGCCUGUGAAAAACUGGCCGAGGAGCUUCCAGACGAGUUUGUAAUUGCCAAAACAGAACCCAAAGAUGCGGGGUCAGAGAAAUCCUCUGGGGUGGUUCGUCUCAACACUAUUCGACAGAUCAUUGAACAGGACAAGCACGCUCUCCUGGACGUCACCCCUAAAGCGGUGGACACCCUAAACUACACGCAGUGGUACCCCAUAGUCAUCCUCUUCAGCCCGGACAGCAAACAUGGGGUGAAGGCGAUGAGACAGAGGAUCAUCCCCAGCUCUAACCGCAGUGCCCGCAAACUCCACGACCAGGCUCUGAAGCUCAGGAAAACCUGCUCACACCUGUUUACCGCUGUUAUCGAUCUGAACUCGGCUAAUGAUGCCUGGUACGGCAGUUUGAAGGAGACCAUACGAGACCAGCAGACCCACGCUGUGUGGGUCUCAGAGGGGAAGCUGGACGGGACGGAGGGGGACCUUGACGUUCAUGACGACCGCAUGUCAUAUCUCUCAGCCAUGAGCGCUGACUAUCUCAGCAUGGACAGCCGGCUGACCAGCGACUAUGACGACACGGCGGACGAGGGCGGGACUUACACAGAUAACGAAACGGACGAGCCGCUUGAUCGCCAGCGGGUUUCGGCCAUUAGCCGCUCCUCUGAGCCAGUCAUGCCAGAGGAGAUCCUCAGGAAGUCCAGCCCAGAGAUUCGAGGUCGCAUCCGGCGGGUGGGCAGCAGAGAGAUGCUGACAGAAGCUAGUCCCCCUUUAAUGUCCACCUUCCUGCCUGACCCCGCAAAGGUAAAAAUGCUGUCUCAAGUGGAGGCGUCACGGGGGCAGUACGACCCCUUUCGAAACUACGACUCACGUUCAAGCAGUCCCGCGAGCAGCGAGCACCCGCGCAGCCAGGACUCUCCUGCAAAAACCAAACCUCUGCCUCCCCCCACAGCUCUCAAACCUACCUACGUGUCCCGCAGCUCCAGAGGCAUCGUAAACAGCCCUCCGGUACGGGACCGCAAACCUCUGGAGGACAGCCCUGACGAUCCCUCUCAGAGGUCUUUCCUGGGCAAAGUGAAGGCCUUUGAGAAGAUGGAUCACUUGGCCCGGACACAGAGAGUCCUGGAGAUCCAAGAGGCCCAGAACGCCAGGAUGGAGAUUGCACAGAAACAUCCAGACAUUUAUGCCGUCCCCAUGAAAUCUCAGAAACUGGACCACAGCAGGCCACAACCUAUCGGCUCCAGUGCGCGACCGGAGCCCCAGACGCCUCCUUGCAAGCUGCCAUACUCAGAGAGCCGCCCGCUCGGCCUCGGCGAGGAGCCCAGAGAGGAGUUUCGACAUCAGCUGGCAGAGCAGACCAAGCGCGGCUAUUACACCACCACACAAAACUAUCAGGACACUGAGCUGUAGAGUUGCUCUGCUUCGGCCCAUACUCGGAGAGCCGCCCGCUCGGCCUCGGCGAGGAGCCCGGAGAGGAGUUUCGAAAUCAGCUGGCAGAG